AGGAUAGGUAUGCGUUGACGGUGUUCGAAGGGGGGAAAUGCGCUAUUGCACGGGUAAGCCUAAAGUUAAUCGGAAAGCCGGAUAGCCCUACUAGAAUGUAUUAUCCGCAAACUAGACACCUAUCACGCACACCGGAAUUGCAGGAUAAAAAAGUGUUGUUUUUCAUAACCCUGUUCCUUAUUAUGCCCUUAUAUUCGCGGGAAAUGGAAGGAUAAAACCAAGCGAAAAUUAGAGAUAGAGAAAGAGACCGGUUGAGAACGAUGGUAUACUUUCCGACAAGACGCAUUGAAACAGUUUACAUUUGUAAUCCUGCGUUAAAGAAAUCGCAUGAGACAUUGAAGCGUAACUCUAUAUUUGAAUUAUAAACAGUAGAUAACAAUUAUCACGGAAACCGACAACCGCAACCCAGGCAGUUGUCUAAGUGUAGUGAAUUACAGCAGUUGCACAAGAUUCGUCACUUUUGGAUAAAGUGAUCGUGAAUUCUUGAUCGUAAAUUAAGUCAAAUAUUCGCCCCAACUUCUUCCCUCUCUCCUCAUCAAGAAGUUGAUGGAAGUAGAAUCCAACGACGGAACUUUAUCUUCGGAUGUCGUUAUGCAGUACGAAGCAAUAGGAACUCGAGAAUCAGAACAACGCUUUAAUUCUAGCAGCAGUGCAUUACUGCCCUUGAUAAAAAUUGAUAGGAAACAGAUUUUAGGACAAGGAGGGUACGGCAUCGUUUAUAAAGGUCUAUGGGGCGAAGAAGUGGUAGCUGUGAAGCGCAUUCAGUUAGCUAACACCACAAGCAACGAAAAAGGAGAAGAAACAUUAACAAGGCUUAAACAUCCCAAUGUCAUCAAAUUAUUAGAUGUUGAAACCGACAAAGAUUUCAGGUAUUACGUACUGGAAUUGUGUCAACUAUCACUGCAUCAAUUAUUUUCGGGUGACAAAAAUCAUAAACAAUUUCGUGAGAAAAUGCCCUCAGAUAAAGAAGUGUUCCUCCAGUUGGCCAUGGGAUUGGCGCAUAUACAUGGAAUGGGGCUGAUCCAUCGGGAUCUCAAACCAGAAAACGUCCUCAUCUGGGUGGAUUCGACUGGAGAAACAGUUUUGAUGAAAUGGGCCGAUUUCGGACUAAGUAAACCAGUCAAUGAAAGAGGAAGCUGUUCCAUGAGUGGACCAAACCGAGGGAGCGAUAAUUGGUAUGCUCCUGAAUUACUAAAGAUGACAGCGGAACAAGAUGAAGGUAAACUUGAAAAGAAAAAUGGCGAAGAAGAGGACCAAAUAACGCCUCUUCAUCAAAGAGGAACCAUUAAGAGCGAUGUGUUUACAGAAGGCCUCAUCUUCGCCUUUUAUCUCUUGAAAGGACUUCACCCAUAUGGUUCGUCACGCUUUAAGAUUCCGUCCAACAUAGUUGAAGAUAAACCAGUCAAUCUACUCAAAGAGGAAAACCAUCAGUUGAUUUAUAAAAUAAUUAUGGAAAUGUUGAAGCAUAAUCCCGGAGACAGAAUUUCCUCAUCACAAGUCGUUGAAAAAAUAAAAACACUUCCGUAGUGAUCGCUGGCGUGUGGUGAUUCUACAUUUCACGUUCUCUCUAAAUGCAAACUGAAAAGUGAAUAAAAUUUCAACUAUUUUAAUUCCGUGUCCCGUUCAAAUGCUUAUAGACCUAAGAAAAUGGAACCACCGUUACUCAAUGAAAACUAGAUCAAACAGCAAUACCAAAUCAAGGUUCAAAAUACCGUAUUAAGUACCCUGAAUAUUUUUUUAAAGCCUACAGUCUACGCGAAGUUAUAUGAGAAUAACAUUCAUUACGAAUCCAAUAGCAAGCAAUUUGACCGGAAGUUCGGGAAGUAAUAGUUAUAAAACUGUGGUGUCUACUUUUUCACCUUGAAAACUCCUGUUCAAUUGGAGUGCGCCUAUGUAAAGAAGAUUGGAAGAUUAAUAUUUUAGUAAUUGAUAAAGGGAUUGAUGGCGUUUGUAUAAAAUCCGGAUGUUUGAAUAUGUUAACCUUUCAUUAUCAACGUACAAAGUAACUUGAUGAUAGUCUGACCAUGUUCGAAAUUAUCUCUGCUGUACUGACAUCCUCAAACCUAACCUUUUUGGCCGGAAGUGAACGCUCCUUUUUUCACCCGACCGCGGCCCACCUUCAACGCCCCACCUUAUCUACCACCCUCCCUAUACCACCUUAACGAAAUUCGACACAGGUGAUUCGUAAAUCGACACGAUAAAAAAAGCAAGAUAAAUGCAAUCUAACUGACGUGCAACGAAUGCCUCUGGAGAUUUCUUACUAGAUGUAUAUAUAUUGCCACCUUACGACUUAAAAUAUUCGCAGUUCAAGUUGUCAUUAUUCAGUGUAACGGCAAAGCUGCAAAACUGUGCGUUCCCAUCAAUUGUGACUAAUUGGAUCUUCAAGAGUCUCAA